CUCACUGAAAGGCUGCUGUGGUCGAGUUUCUUCUGUUUCUGUAUGAAAUAAAAGCGCGUUCGCAUUCUUCAGACUUUCAGCCGUCAGACAGAGUUAGCUAUGACAUCACGUGGAGGCCCAAGAGCAGCCGGAACUGAUGGAAGUGACUUUAAGCACAGAGAGAAAGUGGCUCCUCACUACCAGAUGAGUGCCUCAUUAAAGUCUGAGAUCAAGAAGCUGACCACUGUACAUCUAAUCAUUUGGGCUCUUAUAGCAGCCCAAGUUGCAGUCACCCACUUCAAGGUCUUGUCCCAGGAUGUCGUGGCCAUGCCUUAUCAGUGGGAGUACCCAUACCUCCUCAGCUUACUGCCCUCGCUGUUCUCCUUUAUGGCCAUGCCAAAGAACAACAUUAGCUACCUGGUAAUCUCCAUGAUCAGCGCCGGCCUGUUUUCUGUGGCUCCGCUGAUCUUUGGUGCCAUGGAGAUGUUUCCAGUUGCACAGCAGCUGUACCGGCAUGGCAAGGCUUACCGCUUUAUUUUUGGCUUCUCAGCCGUGUCAGUAAUGUACUUGCUCAUGGUUAUUGCCGUUCAGGUACAUGCAGGACAAAUCUACUACAGCAAGAAAUUGUUGGACGCCUGGUUCGACUUCACACAGGAGAAGAAGAAAAAAUAAAAAAGGCAAAACUGGCUUCAGGUCUUAAUAUUUUAUUUAUUGACUAUUUAUACUUGCAUGGAACUAUUUUAAACAGAAUA